ACAGAUUUAAGCGAGUUAGAAGAGCCUCUUCCUCGCCCACGGCCAUGGCGUCUCCAGCCAAGAAACGGAAGCAACCCCAAGGGAAUGAGGAGAGGAGGAAGAGGAGAAGCGGCGGAACCCUGGCCCUAGACGACCUCAAAGCCCUCGGUCACCAGCUCCUCUCUUCCCGCGCCCACAUCAACAACCUCCCCGUCCUCCUCUCCUUCCUCUCUCCGUCCUCCCCAGUCGCCCUUGCCCUUGAAUCCCUCAUCUCUAUCCAAUCCUUCUUCGUUCCGCUCUUCCCUGAGAUCCCUUCGUCGUUGUCCGUCCCUAACAAGCGAUCCGAGGCUCCCACCGAUGAUGGCGAAGAGAAGGACGUCGAGUUGGUUUUCAAGGACUGGCUCAGGGAGAGGUUCGGGGAGUUCUUGAAUGGUCUUAUUGAGAUCACCGUCUCGGAGCAAUCCGUCGAUGCCCUCAGGGAUGUCGCCCUGGAUGCGAUUAUGGAUUUUGUCAAGCUGGGAAAGGACGGAAGAUUCCACUCGGCUAUUUAUCAUAGGUUUCUGCAUAGAAUUGUCCGUGCUACAUCUGCUGUUGAUCCUUUGUUAGACUUGCUUGGACCAAAGUAUUUCAAGUACAUAGAUGUUCGGUAUUUUACCUAUACAAGUAUGGACAAGAUUAUCAAAAGUUUCGAAUCAAAAAUUGGAAAAGCUACUUUGCACAGUGAUGAAGACAGCUCUAAACUAAGUAGUAUGGAGUUUCCUGUUCGCAUAAUGUACAAUAUUUUGUCCCGUUGCCCUCCUUCAGAAGCUGAGAAAGAACAAAGUUAUGAAAUGUGGAGUCAAUUGGGUAUCUCAUCCAAAGUAGGGAAGUUGUCUUCUAAUGAUCCGGUUUCAGAUGCAGAACCAGAAAACUCGAGGAAAGUUGACACUGAUGUUUCAUCUUCAAGCCACAUAACCAAAAAGAUCAAGUUAAAGUUUGCCAAAGCUUGGAUUUCCUUUCUCAAAUUACCACUUCCUGUUGAUGUGUACAAGGAGGUUCUUGCUUCAAUCCAUCAGACCAUUAUUCCAUAUUUAGCAAACCCUUCCAUCCUUUGUGAUUUUUUAACUAGGUCAUAUGACAUUGGAGGUGUAGUUAGUGUAAUGGCACUUAAUGGCCUUUUCAUCCUCAUGACACAACAUGGUUUGGAGUAUCCCAAAUUUUAUGAAAAACUUUAUGCAUUGUUGACCCCAGCGAUUUUCAUGGCAAAACAUCGAGCAGGGUUUUUCCAACUCCUGGAUACCUGUUUAAAAUCAUCGUAUCUUCCAGCAUAUCUUGCUGCUACAUUUGCCAAGAAAUUGAGUAGACUGGCUCUCGCAGUACCACCAUCUGGAGCGCUUAUUAUUAUUGCUGUAAUUCACAAUUUAUUGCGGAGGCAUCCAGCAAUUAAUUUUUUAGUUCAUCAGCCAAUUGGUGAUGAAAAUGACAGAGGUACUUCUGUGGAAGAUAAUAGAUCUGGUGAGGAUGCAAGGGAAUCAGACAAUGGGAACAUCAAUCUGAGCGCAAAGCUUGGCACUGAUCCAUUUAACAUUCAAGAGUGUGACCCUGCUAAGUCGAAUGCCAUGCGAAGUUCUUUAUGGGAAAUUGAAACUCUCCGACAUCAUUACACCCCAGCUGUCUCCAGAUUUGUGGCUUCUCUUGAGAAUGAUCUCACAGUUAGAGCCAAAACAUCCGAAGUAACUGUUGCAGAUUUCAGUUCUGGGUCUUAUGCCACAGUAUUCAGAGAAGAGGUCCGGCGGCGGAUAAAGCAGGUUCCGAUUGCAUUUUACAAAGUUAUUCCAUCCUCCCUAUUUGACAACUCCGAAUUUCCUGGCUGGACUUUCGGCAAUCAGCAAAAUGACAAGCAAGAACUGAAUGCUAGACAAAACGAGGUUACAGUUUGACAAGCACUUACCUUGUGAAUUGGACUUUGAUUGACGAACAAAGGAAUGGGUCAGAUUUGGAGUUACUAACCGAUUUUGACGUGUGAAUCAAGAGUUGUAACAGAUCAGAUAUAAUUUUAUAUCACUCGCUCCUUGCAUCUUUGUAACGUAAUUUACAGACCAAGUUUUCUUGUUGGAUAAUUUUUGACAUGUUUCUUGUGCUACAUUCAGCUGUUAUUUGUGUGAUGCUGAAUGUAGGAUACUGUUGAUAUGGGCAUUUGUUAUGGAGCGCUAUUACCAGAAAUGCUAAAUUUAUGACCGUAGCCGUUACCCCA